CACCACCAUGGCCGACUCCAAGUACUAUGAGCUCUACCGCCGUAGCAGCCUGGGAAGCUCGCUCACGGACACGCUUGACGAGUUCAUUAGCAACGGUGGCAUCGAACCGCAGCUCGCCCUCAAGAUCCUCACCCACCUCGACAAGGCUGUCGCAGAUGUCCUCGCCGAGAAGGUCAAGGCGCGCAUGACAUUCAAGGGACAUCUCGAUACCUACCGGUUCUGCGACGAAGUGUGGACGUUCAUCAUCAAAGACAUCGCCCUCAAACUGGACAACACGAAUUCCAUCACGGCGGAGAAAAUCAAGAUCGUCAGCUGCAAUGCGAAGCGUCCUGGUGAUCCUGCCUAGAUGGGUCCCGGAUACCUUCGCGAUGCGUUGCUUAUUUAGAAUUCCCUAGGUACUGAAACCGAGACACCUUCGAAACCCACCAAAAAAAAUUGAAAGUGCUAGGCAUCGACCGACGAGGACCUUUCUUACUCUUGCGGGGCUUUGAAUAGAACUUCUAUAUCCAGGCGUUAGGGAGGGGUGCGCAUGGUAUGGAGUUAGUGGGUUUAUUUGGCGCAGG